AGUUACAGCAGCAGCGCCGCCGCCGCCUGUCAGCGCCCUCCCGCCCUCCAGCCCUCCAGUCCGGCCUCUCUCUCUCUCUCUCUCUCUCCCCCUCUCCUUCUCUCUCUGACCUCCUCAACAGUGCCAGGGAUAAUGGCAAUUCCACCAGCAUAUGCAGAUCUUGGAAAAUCAGCGAAAGACGUCUUCACCAAAGGCUAUGGAUUUGGCUUAAUAAAGAUUGACUUGAAAACUAAGUCACAAAAUGGACUGGAAUUCGUAAGCGCUGGUUCAGCCAACACAGACACUAGCAAAGUUACCGGCACUCUGGAAACAAAGUAUAAACGGCCAGAAUAUGGAUUGACAUUCACAGAGAAAUGGAACACAGAAAAUACUUUGGGAACUGAAGUUUCUAUCGAAGAUCAGCUUACGAAAGGGUUGAAGAUAACAUUUGAUUCAUCGUUUUCACCUAACACUGGAAAGAAAAAUGGGAAAAUCAAAACUGCCUACAAAAGGGAACACGUCAACAUGGGGUGUGACAUGGACUUCGAUAUCACUGGGACUGCCAUCCGUGGAGCUAUGGUGUUUGGUUAUGAUGGGUGGCUAGCAGGAUAUCAAAUGACAUACGAAGUUUCAAAAUCCAGGGUCUCUCAGAGUAACUUUGCUGUUGGUUACAAGACUGAUGAGUUCCAGCUCCACACAAACGUGAAUGAUGGUACAGAGUUUGGAGGUUCUGUUUAUCAGAAAGUCAGUGAUAAUCUUGAAACUGCUGUCAAUUUAGCUUGGACAGCUGGGAAUAGCAACACUCGGUUUGGUAUUGCAGCCAAAUACCAGAUUGAUGACGAUGCAUCUUUCUCAGUUAAAGUGAACAAUUCAAGUCUGAUUGGGCUUGGCUACACUCAGGUGCUGAAACCAGGUAUUAAAUUAACUCUGUCAUCACUGCUGGAUGGCAAGAAUAUUAAUGCUGGCGGUCAUAAACUCGGUCUGGGAUUGGAAUUCGAAGCCUAAUUUGUGGGUGGAGAAACCCGACAAUCAGCAGCUCCCAAAUAUUUUCCAGUGUAGCUACCUGCAAAAUCCAGUGUUCACUUUUCUGUUCAGCCGUGUGUCCAAACACUAUUGUACAAUUGAUUGUGUUCUCCAGAUAUUGUCCCUUUUAUCUUAAAAAAAAGUCAUUAUGGCUAUUUAUUGUACUUCUUAGACCCUUGAAAUUCACCUGUACAUGUCUUGUUUAUUUCUGGUGAAGACUGGUUGUAUGUGGCGUGAGAGAAACCUACACACUCCAUUACUAUUUGUGAAUUUGUGGUCCCUGUUCCCUGCACCAUCUGAAAAGCUAAAUGCGAUAGCCAUAUGGAGGGAUCUGUAUGUUUCACGCUAGUAUCUGUGAUGGUUGGAUUUAAUAGGAAGUAAAAUGG